UCAAAAUCCACGGCGUCUCGUAAUGGUUGUCUCCGGACUUUUUAUUCUGGAUAAUAAGGGGAAAGUUUUGAUACACCGGAACUACCGAGGUGAUGUAGAAAGUAAUGCUAUUGAAAAGUUCCUCCCAAUUGCGAUGGAGCGGGAGGAUGAGGGCAAUUUGGUCCCCGUCUUACAGCUAGGAGAAAUAACAUUCACCUACGUCAAAUUCAAUUACUUAUACUUGGUAUGCCUGACGCGUAGGAAUGCCAACAUAGCAAUGGUACUUUCAUUCCUGUAUAAAUUAGUUAACGUAAGCCCCCUUCAUCACUAUAUGAGUUGUAGAUUUUCAUGGAAUACUUCGGCGAAUUCGAGGAGGAAAGUAUACGUGACAACUUCGUAAUCACGUAUGAGCUUUUGGAUGAAAUCAUGGAUUUCGGUUAUCCGCAAACGACGGAUACAAAGAUACUCCAGGAAUACAUCACUCAGCAGAGCCACAAGCUUGAAGCAGCCCCAAGACCCCCAAUGGCUGUCACAAACGCCGUGUCUUGGCGCUCAGAAAACCUGAAAUAUAGGAAAAACGAAGUUUUUCUGGAUGUUGUUGAAUCCGUCAACCUUCUCGUAGAUUUUUAUUUCGAUGAUAUUGAUGCCUUAUUUAGGUCAGUUCUACUGGAGUCGUCCUGCGAAGCGAAAUCGUAGGAAGCAUUAAAUUACGUGUGUAUCUAUCCGGCAUGCCAGAACUUCGCCUUGGUUUAAACGAUAAACUGAGGUUCGAGAAUAUGGGUCGUGGGCGAGGAAAAGCAGUUGAGCUGGAGGACGUGAAAUUUCACCAGUGUGUCCGUCUCUCUCGAUUCGAAAACGACCGAACAAUAUCGUUCAUCCCACCUGAUGGGGAAUUUGAACUCAUGUCCUAUCGGUUAAACACGCACGUGAAACCCUUGAUAUGGGUAGAGGCUAUCAUCGAAAAGCACGCACACAGCCGAAUGGAAUACAUGGUGAAAGCCAAGGCCCAGUUCAAACGUCGUAGCACUGCCAACCAGGUCGAAAUUCACGUACCGGUACCUUCCGAUGUCGAUUCACCACGGUUCAAAACAACCAUGGGCAGUGCCAAGUACGUCCCAGAAACUAAUGUGGUGGUGUGGACCAUACGCAGUUUCCCUGGAGGCAAAGAGUAUAUUCUGAGAGCCAGUUUCGGAUUACCAUCCGUGGAGCGUGAGCAAGAAGUAGAAUCGAAGCCACCUAUUUCAGUCCGCUUUGAAAUACCGUACUUCACCGUCUCCGGUCUACAGGUUCAACACCUGAAGAUCAUUGAAAAAACCGGCUACCAUGCGUUACCUUGGGUACGAUACAUAACUCAAAACGGCGACUACCAGCUCCGUACAUCAUGAUACUGGUUGUUUAUUGCACUUUUGUGUGUAUCUUAUGGUGAUGUGCACACACACUGGGCGGUUUCUGCCGGAUUCGGUCACUUUUAUCACAACCAUUUCCACAUGCGUGGAUUUUACCGUCAGGCUUCAUUUUUUUUACAUACCGCCCUCUCCUUUUGUCCGAUGCUUGUCAGUUGGCCACUAAUCAUCUCUGACUUUGUCGGAUUUCGAUAUGCGGUUACAGUUUAUAUCUUUCAAUUAUCAAUGGCUGUGAUGCAUACUUUUAUCUGUUACAUUCGCACUUGCUGUACGCGAUAUGUACCGUGCGCUUUCGCACAGUUUUUCCAAUCAACUCUCUCCACAUCUGUCAUGCUCGUUUCCCGCAACGUUUUUGUCGAUUCAAUCGACAUCUGCAAAGACCAGUCGUUUAUCACGCUGAUCCUUAGUGUAAAUCUAUGCGUGACCAGUUACUUCACAAUGUGAUCGUCAGAGGACCUCGCUUGCUUUUCUGAAUAGUGAAUGCUGGUGAAGAUCUGUUUCUGUUCUCGUUUUUA